AUGGUGUCCAUCAACGACCUGCCUCUGGAGAUCCUGCUGGGUGUCUUUGACCUCUUCCCCUCGUGGCACCUGCUCCGCUGCUUCCGUUGGGUGUGCUGCUGGUGGAGAGACCUGGUGGAUUCCUUGAACGCUCAGUGGAAACACAAGUGCAUACGGGCCGGCUACCCCCUUGAGAUGCUCACCAGCCCUUUCCCGGACUGGAAGGUCUUCUACCAUCUCUGCCAGCUGAAGAAGAACAUCGUCCGGAAUCCUUGCGGUGAAGAGGAAUUUCUCUACUGGGAAAUCGACAAGCAUCAGGAGCACUGCUGGGUUGUGGAGGAGCUGUUAGCAAACGAAUACCCCUGUGACAAUAUCAAGACAUGUUUCUUUGCCUUCAAUGGGCCCGACACAAAAAUUCAACGCAUCACCUUGAAGGAUCACGGCUACACGGAUGAGUUGAUGGACUACGUGACACCCCAUAUCAUGGUGCAGGAUUGGUCCGAUGUCCUCUACCCGAAUCCCCGUUACAACUACAGAUUUACCGUGAAGCUGUUGGCUGCAGAUUUUAAAGCCCUCUAUACCUGCUAUAUCUCGAAUGGGGAGGUAAAAAAGGAUGGCACGAGGAACUGGAAAAAGACUUUGUACAUCUUCCGCAACUACCCCAGCGGAGUCCGCCACAUCCAUUUCGAGCACGGCGUGGACUACGGCAAGCUGUCCAACAGCACCGUCAUCGUGGGUCCGAACUUCCCGUAG